UACACUCACUGCUUUCAAAGGAGAGCUGGGUGACUAUUAUUGCAUGGCAGCCAAAGCUGCUGGGAAGCAAUGUCCUGACUAUAAGCUGAGGGCCGCGGUAGCUGCCGAAUCUUCUACUGGUACAUGGACAACUGUAUGGACCGAUGGACUUACCAACCUUGAUCGUUAUAAAGGGCGAUGCUACCGCAUCGAGCAUGUUGUUGGAGAAAAAGAUCAAUAUAUUGCUUAUGUAGCUUACCCUUUAGACCUUUUUGAAGAAGGUUCUGUUACCAACAUGCAGGGAUAUGAGUAUGAUGAGGAGACAUUUGAGAAGAUAUUUAGAUGCAUAUAUGCUACUUUUGUUCCUUCUGCACCUUAUAGCAUAUUUCCUGAUUCCAAACCAUUUCUCGGAGAGGGGCAUCACAAUUGGGCUGGUCAGCAAUGCCGAGUAUCGGUAUCAGGACGUAAUUCUUGCUGCUUUAGGCUUGCAUCAGUUGUGACCCUCUUUUUUGUGUCUGAAACUAAAAUCAGGGAUCUGAGUGGGACUUUGGGCGUAUUCUCCGGUCUUGAAGGUGUUGAAAAACCCGAUCCAAGGUUAUUUGAGAUUGCCUUGAAGAGGGCAAGAAAUGUAGCACCGGAAGAAGUACUUCAUAUUGGAGAUAGCAUGAGGAAAGACUACUUGCCCGCGAGAAGUGUUGGGAUGCAUGCUUUGUUGUUGGACAGAUUCAGAACUGCAAAUCUUCAUGCACCAAAAGAUAUAAGCUUAAAGAGAUAUUUCACAGUCCUGCAUUGA